UUGGAAGAAGCCAGAAGAAGCUAACACAUGGAAAACGGAGGGACAGUGGGGUGAUCGAAUUUCUGGGACUGUUAAAAUGUGAAAUUCGUGUAGUUCGUGGUUCAUGUUGGCUUCUGAUAUCUAAACGUCGACGACAAACUCUGAAGUGCAGAGUCUUCUACGGUCUUUAUUCUAUCAGGUUUUGACAGCUCUGCCGCUCGUGAAGAUGUCAGACUAUGCCAGGAGGGCGUUCAGGAUGCAGUUGGGGACCAUCAUGGAUGCCGUUAUGAAGACUGCUGUGUGUGAGAUUGCCAAGAUCUUCGAGGGCAGCCUGUGUGAGCAGCAGUUGGAGCUGACUCAGCGUGUGGAGGAGAUCUCCAUGCUCCGGGGAAAGCUGGACAAGGCAGAGAGGAGGCUGAGGGGCGAUGAGGGGAAACGGAUACCAGCAGUGGAACUGCAUGUUGACGUAGAGACCUUCAGCAAAAACAUAUCCACAAUGAUGACAGAUCCAGAUACACGAGAUGAUGUUCCUGACUACUGGUGCGCUCCUGUCCAGAGUGAUGAGCUGUUGGCCUCGUCCUCCAAUGCCGGACAGGAGAACGAGUGUCCAAGCGUGACGCUAAAGCCGCUGACUGUGACACUGUGGCGCAUGCCCGACAUCAAACAGGAGGUAGAAGAUGACUUUGAACCACACCUGAUGACAGCCCUUACAACAAGUCCUCCUGGUAUAAGGAUGGAAGCAGACUGUGGCCUGGAGGGGCGACUCAGGGACAGCAUUCAACAGCUCCACCUUCCUCUGAUCGCGGAAGAGUAUGCCUGUGGUCAAAAUCCGGCAAUGUUAGGUAGAAUCAAGCAAGAAGAGUGUGAAACCACCAUCAACUCUGAAGCACCGAAGCUUAAAAGAAGACGCAAAUCGAAGCACCACAAAAGAUCCCAAAAUACCAACAUGUCACAGAUGAAACCGCCAAAGUUAAACGAAGGACAAAUAAGUUAUAAAUGCAAAUUUUGCAAGAGAGUUUUCGAGACAGAAGUCGGCCUGAAAGUGCACUCAUGGUUGCACAAGAAGUGUCCAAACUGCCACGACAUAUUCCCCUUCCCUAGUAUCCUCCGAAGGCAUAUUAAGAUGUGCUGCCGGGUAAAGGAGGAGACGGGGACCACAGAAAGGAAACCGAACACCAACAGUCAAACCGUUACGCCUACCUCUCCACGCAAGAAGAAGAAGAAUCUCCCUGACUACCUGGCAAACGAGGGAACUACCUCUGCGAAUUCCCCAAAACAGCACACCUGCAAACAUUGCCCUCGCAAGUUCCGAACAAAGGCCUAUUUAAGGAUGCAUGUGAAAAACUUCCACGACGAACCAUGGAAGUAUCCCGGAAGGAAGAGAGACCUGGUUUGGACCGUCCCUUUCGAGGAGAACACAGAACACCAGACGCACACCACCAACCCUCGCAGGAGACACAGAAAUCUAGCUGCUUUGAGUAAGUUGAAUCCCAAGGGCAAAGGAAAUGUACUGGAGACUCUUGGUAAGAGGGUCUCUAAUGGCUAUAAGUGCAAAGUGUGCAAGAAGGUUUUCUGCACUAAGAGCCUCUUUAAAGAACAUGUACCCCUCCACACCGAUGACAAGCCGCUUCAGUGCAGACGCUGUGGUCAGAGCUUCCGGAUUCACGCACGCUUGUCCAGACAUCAUAGGAUUUGCACUGGGCCACUCAAGAGUUUGCAGUGUGAGGAUUGCAGCACAACAUAUGCCAACCAGAUAAUGCUAAGCAGACAUAUGAUGGAUGUCCACAAAAGGAAGCCCCACACCUGCAAGAUCUGUGGAAAGGGCUUCUCAUACAUGGGGAGCCUGAGGGAACACUAUAAACGACUCCAUGCCUGAUAACUCGGUUCUCCGAUCUCCUAUAGAAUUCAACCAUGAUUUCAUCAAAUACUAGUCAUUUAUUGUACUACAGUGCCGUACCAUUCCAGAUGAGUAAAAGUUACAUGUUUAGGAUAUUUGAUUAUUUUGAAAAUUAAUGUCAUGAAGAUGACAGUAAUGUCCCUUAUCUAGUGAAGGAUUUUGUUUGUUUGAUCUUAUUAGAUUUGCUUUGUAAGAAAGCUUUUUUUAUGUAGUUUUUUAUGAAAGUUUUACGCAUGUAACAUAAUUGCAUCAAAUGAAUUAUUUCACUGCUGUUGUGCAUUAACUGAGACAAAUACAGCCAAAUAUUUAGUUCAAUAGCCAUUUUACAUGUAUAGAAAGUGAAUAAAAUAUAUUUA